GAGAUUUCGAGAGAGCUUAUACGUUACGUUUAUUUUCAAAUUAUAUAUUUUACAACGGUUUUCGACACUUUACUGGUGAAGAAAUUAUAAAUUUUGUAGAUUAUUUUGUUCCCAUAUUCUUUUUGAAAACCAUUUCUUUUUGUUUAAUUUUGACUCUGUAUUUUAUUUUAUUGGACUCUGUAUAUUUUAAGCUGGAGGGUGGAGGAUGUCGACUAGCUCCAACGUCGAAAAUCUUUCUCCACAAGUGAUUCGGCAAGUUUCUAAGGAGUUGUGGGAAUUGGCUGCAAAUCCACCUGAAGGAAUAAAGGUGUUCAUAAAUGAAGAAGAUAUCACAGAUAUUCAAGCAUCCAUAGAAGGACCUGCUGGGACACCUUAUGCUGAAGGUCUAUUCCGUGUGAGACUGAUUUUAGGAAAAGACUUUCCUUCUUCCCCACCCAAAGGAUACUUUGUAACCAAAAUUUUUCACCCAAAUGUUGCAAGGAAUGGCGAGAUAUGUGUGAAUACUUUGAAAAAAGAUUGGAAGUCUGAUCUUGGCCUUAAACACAUACUCCUUACUAUAAAAUGUCUCCUUAUUGUACCAAACCCCGAAUCGGCUUUGAACGAAGAAGCUGGAAAAUUGCUGUUAGAGCAGUAUGAUGAUUACUGUGAGCGAGCUCGUAUGAUAACAGAAAUCCAUGCGAGGCCCCCCAAAUAUACCAAAGAAGGAUUGGAAGAAGAUCCUCAAUCAUCUAUGGGGACAAGUGCAUCAAAAGGUGAUGGUCCUACUGCGAAAAAGCAUGCUGGUGAUAAGAAUAAGCUUACUGUGGAGAAGAAAAAUCUCAAGUUACUAAAAGAAAAGAAAAGAACUUUAAAAAGGUUAUGAUGAAUGCUAACAGCUCUGUUAUUUAUGGGAGGACUCCAUCUAGUACAAUGAUUCACAAAACUUUUAGUCAUUCUGAAUGAACUGCCUAUCAUUUGGGAAGACAAAAUUGAAAUUUGUAUCCAUUUGUGAAGGUGUCUUAUAUUGCAUGUAUUCUGUACAGUUUCAUUAAAUUUCAGUUUUAUUUA